CGAGUGCUCUUCAGUUUGCCCCCCGCCUUCAGCAGCCUCUUGCGCAUUCUUGUCGACGUCCAGGAGGAGAUGGGCGAAGGUCAGAAAAUCUCAGUGUUUCUCGCGAAGGACAGGUUCGAGCAGCAUGGUAUAAUGGUCUCUCAAGGACGGCUGAAGGCGCUGCUGCAGGAACUCACGUCGAACCGGAUUGCACAGUACGACGUGGCUGAGCACGCGCUGACAGUGAUGCAACCUCGAAAGCUGCGCAAGGUGCUGGACGAGGUCGAGGCGCAGCGGGAUGGCGCCGGCGCCGCGGCUGCAACGGUAUCUUCCAGGUCGUCUGGACCUCGUGCUAGCUAA